GACGUCUCCCGCUUCUUGUCUUACCUUCUCCGCGAAGGGUAGCUGUGCCACACGGCUCCAGAUUCGCGGCAACCCAUCAAUGUGGUAUAGACAGGUGGCUUUGACUUCUUGAACGGAGUGUUCGCCUAUCCGCGUGUGUGGAUUGAACUCUACUCGGUCGAAUCUCACGGGUAUGAAUUGUCUAUAUCUCUAUGAAGUGUUCUCCUCAAGACCGCUCAGCCAAGUCCUACAGGAUUGUUCGACAUGUGGCCGCUGCAGACCUGAAACAAGCCGAGUUCGAUGGGCGGGGUGUGGGGUGAAUUGUGGUCAUCGGAAUGGCCAGUGCACUGCCCUCUCAUCUCAACGUUUCUCACCAGUGGACACGCUUAUCCCUGAAUUGCUGCACCUCGACUUGAAGCUAGACCUCGUCUCGAGAAAGCAAUCCGGUGAUGGUUUAGGGCAGUGGAGCGUAUCUCGACUUCGUCCGAGUGAUGCCGGCUCUUCUGAGAGAUGUACCCACUGUCCACGCAGCACUGGAGACAAGCCGUUCGAAAUCAACAUAAGUGUCGCCGAACGAGUUGCCUGGACACAUACUCCGUUCUACGUAUAUCAAUUUCAAACCGAGGUAGCUACGGUACCUGAUCGUCGUAGCUUCCAAGUUCGAGCCAACCAGUGGACCGUGGAUGGAACCUUCCCAGCCACACAACAAGAGCAAAGCGCGCUACCUAUAAACCUCCCCCCCUCUUCACCCUUCACCCUCCCUCGACCAUCAAUCAACCUCACCCAGACAUUUCAGCGCUUCUUCUUGACGCUCAAUCAAUUCAAAUAUUCUGAACCCGCCAUGUGUAUAGGACUCCAUAGCUUUGCUUUGGACCAGAGAAGCACGCCGACAUAGAAGCAGAGCGUUUACCUUAUCAAUCUCCAUUGAAACCUACGGCUGCUCGUCUCAAGGAAUCUCUGACGUUGACGCAAUCAUACACCAUGCUACGGAGUACACAAUUCU